CUCCACCAAUGCGAGGAUUUAAUCGCAGUUGCGCGCGCGUGUGUCUCGGCUGUCCCGGACUCAGGAAUCCCUCUCUCAGGACCGGACGGGAGUAUGUUCCAAUAGACUGAGCGGCGGGAGAAACGCGCGAGGAGCAGAGAUGGAUAAACGGAGUUAUUCCCUCGCUUUGCUGGCAGCUUUCCUCCACUUUGGACUUUUUGGAUUUACUGAUGGACAAUUCUUCCCAGGCGGCUGUACGUUUGAAGAGUCGUACAGCAGCUGCGGCUACAGCGUCUCGCUGGGAACCAACGGAUUUACCUGGGAACAAGUCAACUCCUGGGAAAAACCCACCAUGGACCCGGCGCUGCCCACCGGUUCCUUCAUGGUGGUGAACGCGUCGGGCCGGGCGUCGGGCCAGAAGGCCCACCUCUACAUGCCCACCCUGAAGGAGAACGACACCCACUGCAUCGACUUCCUGUACUCCCUGUCCAGCCGGGACGGCGCCAGUCCGGGGACGCUCAACGUCUACAUCAAGGUGAACGGCGGCGCUCAGGGCAACCCGGUGUGGAACGCCUCGGACACCGUCACCGAGGGAUGGGUGAAGGCCGAGCUGGCCAUUUCCACGUUCUGGCCCAACUCCUACCAGGUGAUCUUCGAGGCGGUUUCAGUCCAGGGCCAUCCGGGCUUCAUCGCCGUGGACGACAUACGGGUUCUGGCGCACCCCUGCCGUAAAGCGCCGCAUUUCCUGCGCCUGCAGAACGUGGAGGUGAACGUGGGUCAGAACGCCACGUUUCAGUGCACGGCCGGAGGGAAGUGGUCGCAGCACGACAAGCUCUGGCUGCAGCAGUGGAACGGGAAGGACACGGCCCUGAUGGUGACCCGGGUGGUCAACCACCGCCGCUUCUCCGCCACCGUCAGCGUGGGCGACACGUCGCAGCGCAGCACCAGCCGCUACCGCUGCGUCAUCCGCUCCGACGGCGGCUCGGGGGUGUCCAACUACGCCGACCUCAUCGUCAAAGCUCCUCCCACUCCCAUCGCUCCGCCCGAGCUGCUCGCCGUCGGCGCCACCUACCUGUGGAUCAAGCCCAACGCCAACAGCAUCAUCGGCGACGGGCCCAUCAUCCUGAAGGAGGUGGAGUACCGCACCACGUCGGGGAACUGGGCGGAGACCCACGUGGUCGACGCCCCCACCUACAAGCUGUGGCACCUGGACCCGGACGUGGAGUACGAGAUCAAGGUCCUGCUGUCCCGGCCCGGCGAAGGGGGCACCGGACCGCCGGGGCCGCCGCUGGUCACCAGGACCAAGUGUGCAGAUCCAGUGCACGGCCCGCAGAACGUGAACGUGGUGGACGUGCGCGCUCGCCAGCUGACCGUGCAGUGGGAGACGUUCGGCUACGCGGUGACGCGCUGCCACAGCUACAACCUGACGGUCCAGUAUCAGUACGUCUUCAACCAGCAGGAGUUUGCGGCGGAGGAGCUGAUCCAGACGUCGUCCCACUACACCCUGAGGGGCCUCCGGCCCUUCGUCACCGUCCGGCUGCGCCUGGUUCUGGCCAACCCCGAGGGCAGCAAGGAGAGCGAGGAGAUCGUCAAGCAGACGGAGGAGGACGUCCCCGGCUCGGUGCCCAUGGAGUCUCUGCAGAACACGCCGUACGAGGAGAAGAUCUUCAUGCAGUGGAAAGCGCCCAACGAGACCAACGGCGCCAUCACGCUGUACGAGAUCACCUACAAGGCUCUGAGCUCGCUGGACCCCAGCGCCGACCUGACCACCCAGAGGGGGCGGGUGUUCAAGCUGAGGAACGAGACGCACCACCUGUUCGUGGGCCUCUACCCGGGAACCACCUACUUCUUCACCCUCAAGGCCUCCACCAACAAGGGCUUCGGCCCCCCCGUCACCACGCGCAUCAGCACCAAGAUCGCAGCUCCCAUGAUGCCCGAGUACGAAUCGGAGGCUCCGCUCAACGAGACGGAGACCACCAUCACCGUCCUGCUGAAGCCCGCCCAGUCCCGGGGAGCGCCCAUCAGCUCCUACCAGCUGGUGGUGAAGGAGGAGCGGAAGUCCAAGACGCGCCGCGCCGCCUCCGAGGCGCCCGACUGCUUCUCGGCGCCCGUCGGCUUCCGCAACGCCUCGGCCCUGGACUCGCCGUACUACAUGGCGGCGGAGCUGCCGCCGUCCGGCCUGGCGGCGGCGCUGCCCUUCACCGUGGGCGACAACAAGAGCUACGGCGGCUUCUGGAACCCGCCGCUGUCACCCGCCAAGAGCUACAGCAUCUACUACCAGGCCAUGAGCCGAGCCAACGGGGAAACCAAAAUCAACUGCGUGCGCCUGGCGAACAAAGUGGUAAUAGGUAGGGGACAAAUAACAACGCCGUACAUUCUAGUCAUCCCAAGCGAAGGUGCGUCCACGCAGGACUCGGACGCCAUGGAGCCGGAGAAGCAGGUGGACAGCACGGUCAAGAUGGCGGGCGUGAUCGCCGGGAUCCUCAUGUUCGUCAUCAUCCUGCUGGGAGUCGUGCUCACGUUCAAACGCAGAGAGAUUCACACGUGGAGAACUCUGAGCGUGGGGAAGUUGGCCAAGAAGCAGAAGGAGACGGCCAGCAGCUCCACCCAGCAGAGGGAGAUGGGCCCGGUCACCACCGCCGACAAGAGCACCACCAAGGUCAGCACGCUGCACAAGGACGACCCCUUCUCCACCUCCACCCCGGACCUCAACGGCUUCACCUCGCCGUCCCCGUGCUCCUUCUCUGUGCAGGGAAGCAAAACGCUGCAGAGCAAAUCCCUGCUGAAUUCCUACUACUCAGUGUCCAAAGAGCCUGUUCCAGCCACAACGUCAAUAGACAGCAGCCAGCCGUCUCUGGCCCAGCCGUCCCUGACCCUGCAGAGUUUUCCUUAUGGAGGCUGUGAGUCAGUGGAGCUCUCCUACCAGAGCGGUCAGUUCCAGGCCGGCCAAUUUCAGCCGGCUAUCCGGGUGGCAGACCUCCUGCAACACAUCACGCAGAUGAAAUGUGGACAGGGCUACGGCUUCAAGGAGGAAUAUGAGGCGCUGGCGGAGGGACAGACGGCGCCCUGGGAAACCGCCAAGAAGGACGAGAACCGCAACAAGAAUCGCUAUGGCAACAUCAUCGCUUACCCCACAGACGACCACACCAGGGUCCGACUGCAGCUGCUGGACGGAGACCCCCACUCCGACUACAUCAACGCCAACUACAUUGACGGCUACCACAGACCCAGACAUUACAUCGCCACACAAGGCCCCAUGCAGGAGACGGUCAGGGACUUCUGGAGGAUGGUCUGGCAGGAGAACUCGGCCUCCAUCGUCAUGGUUACAAACCUGGUGGAGGUGGGAAGGGUGAAGUGUGUGCGCUACUGGCCGGACGAGACCGAGGUGUACGGAGACAUCAAGGUGACGCUGAUCGAGACCGAGCCGCUGGCCGAAUACGUCAUACGGACGUUCACCGUUCAGAAGAAGGGCCACCACGAGAUCCGCGAGCUGCGCCAGUUCCACUUCACCAGCUGGCCCGACCACGGCGUGCCCUGCUACGCCACGGGGCUGCUGGGCUUCAUACGGCAGGUCAAGUUCCUCAACCCCCCCGACGCCGGGCCCAUCGUGGCCCACUGCAGCGCCGGUGCCGGGAGGACGGGCUGCUUCAUCGCAGUGGACAUCAUGCUGGACAUGGCAGAGAACGAGGGAGUGGUGGACAUCUUCAACUGCAUCCGGGAGCUGCGGUCACAGCGGGUCAACAUGGUUCAGACGGAGGAGCAGUACGUGUUCGUUCACGACGCCAUCUUGGAGGCGUGUCUAUGCGGGAACACAGCCAUCCCCGUGUGCGAGUUCAGGGCCGUUUACUACAACAUCAGCAGGCUGGACCCCCAGACCAACUCCAGCCAGAUCAAAGACGAGUUCCAGACUCUGAACAUAGUGACCCCUAGAGUGCGUCCGGAGGACUGCAGCGUGGGUUUGUUGCCCAGGAACCACGAUAAGAACCGCAGCAUGGACGUGCUGUCGGCGGACCGCUGCCUGCCGUUCCUCAUCUCGGUGGACGGAGAGAGCUCCAACUACAUCAACGCCGCGCUGAUGGACAGCCACAAGCAGCCGGCGGCCUUCAUCGUUACCCAGCAUCCUUUGCCCAACACGAUGGGCGACUUCUGGAGGCUGGUGUUCGACUACAACUGCUCCUCCAUCGUGAUGCUCAACGAGAUGGACGCGGCGCAGCUGUGCAUGCAGUACUGGCCGGAGAAGAGCUCGUGUUGCUACGGCCCCAUCCAGGUGGAGUUCAUAUCCGCCGACAUCGACGAAGACAUCAUCAACCGAAUCUUCAGGAUCUGCAACAUGGCCCGGCCCCAGGACGGCUACCGCCUGGUGCAGCACUUCCAGUUCAUCGGCUGGCCGGCCUACCGGGACACGCCUCUGUCCAAGCGCUCCAUCCUGCAGCUGGUCCGGCGGCUCGCCAAGUGGCAGGAGCAGUACGACGGCGGCGACGGGAGGACCGUGGUGCACUGCCUUACCGGCGGAGGACGUUCCGGGACAUUCUGCGCCAUCUGCAGCAUCAACGAGAUGAUCCAGCAGCAGAACAUCGUGGACGUUUUCCACACCGUCAAAACUCUGAGGAACAACAAGACCAACAUGGUGGAGACGAUGGAACAGUACAAGUUCUGCUACGAAGUGGCUCUGGAGGCGCUGAGCUCCUUCUGAUCCCACCG